UGAUUUGCCCAAGGUGGCCCAGCUAGUCAGGGAUGCUGGCAGGAUUCAAAUACCACCUGACUCCAAAGCCCAGGGCGCAUUUCACAACCCGCGCCUCCUUUAAGAUCUGCUAUAUCAUUCCAUUCUCACUGCAAGCCUACGUGGUAGUUAACCAUCUCCCUAUUUCACGGAGGAGGAAAGUGACUCUCAGACUGGUGCAGUCACUUGCCAAGUUAGGGGCCUGGCUCCGAAUAGGUGGGAGACGAGCCUGCAGGAGGGGGCACGUAGGCGCGGAGGCCGCAACCGAGCUCCUCCUCCCCACCCUGCUUCGUUCACAGCGCGACUCCCACCUUUCCAGGUCCCAGCCGCGCGCACGGCCCGCCGGGAACUACACUUCCCGUCAGGACGCGGGCGCGCGCACGCGCACCGGGGCCUCCGCCAUGGCGACCGUGCUGUCCAGGGCGCUCAAGCUCCCGGGGAAGAAGAGCCCAGACCUAGGGGAGUAUGAUCCCCUCACACAGGCCGACAGUGACGAGAGUGAAGAUGAUCUCGUGCUUGACUUGCAGCAGAAGAAUGGAGGGGUCAAAAAUGGGAAGAGUCCUCUUGGAGAAGUGCCAGAGCCUGACUCAGAUGCCGAGGUCGCAGAGGCUGCAAAACCACACCUCUCGGAGGUCACCACAGAGGGGUACCCCUCGGAACCCCUCGGAGGCCUGGAGCAGAAGGCAACCUCGUCCAUCGUGUCUUAUGUGCGCACGUCUGUCUUUCUGCUGACUUUGGUGGUCUCAAUGGUCCUGGUGCUCGUAUGUGCUUUCCUGAUCCCCUGCCCCCCCAGAGAUUUGCACAGCACUUGGAGCCGCCACUUGGGUCCCCAGGGAGGUGGGGACCUCUCUCCAUUGGAACUGGCUGAUGUGAAUGGAGAUGGCCUGCGUGAUGUACUUCUCUCCUUUGUAACUUCGAGGAAUGGGAGUGCAAUCGGUAUCUCCAGGCCGACUGCUAUCCUCGUGUGCCUUUCGGGGAUGAAUGGCAGCACACUCUGGUCUAGUCCUCUUCCUGAGGAGGCUCGAGAUAUUACAUGUUUGAAUCUGAUGCCAGGAAGGGUGGCCGAAACCAUCUGCCUUGUGACAGGGACACACAAGAUGCUCAGCGCAUUCAAUGCAACAUCAGGGAAAGCCAUUUGGACUUUAAACCCAAACUACUUAUCCAAUGGUACUCUGGCUGCUCCAGGUGUGGCGCUGCCUGAUGUGGAUGAUGAUGGUGUUAGAGAUCUUGUGGUUCUGGCCACUGGGGAAUUACAGCCAGAUCUGUGCUUUCUGCUGGUGUCUGGUCGGACAGGGAGUCCAGUGGGCCGACCUGUGAAGUACAACAUUGUGGGAGACGGGAAUCUGAUUGGUCCUCAGGUUUAUAUCACCGCAAAUGGGGCUGUCUACGUCCUGUUUGGCUUUGGAAAUAUCCAAGCUGUCGCCCUGCGGGACAUUUUUGUUCAGGCACAGAAUCGAGACAGCUCACCGCCUUCCCUGCAGAUAGAAGAGCCAGAAUGGGAGAAGCGAAGAUCCAUUAACCUGUCUGAGCUCAUUGACAUUUACAGUGACGGUGUUGAGCUACUCCAGCUGGUGAAGGCACCGAAUUCCAACUGCAGCAACCUCCUGAUCACAACCGGACAAGGCCUUGUCCUGCUCCGGGGGCAGAGCCUUACGCCUUCCUGGACACUGAGCCUUCACGGCUUGCACAGCCAGCCUACGUCUGGGUAUUUCACUGACGAUCAGACGUUAGACUUCCUUCUGCAGAUACAGGAUGGAGCUGGGAUGAAAAAGAUGAUGGUGGUGGAUGGGGACUCUGGCUCCGUUAUUUGGAAUUACAGCGCUCCAUGUCGCAUGAAAGAAACACCGACCACCUCAGCAGUUACUUCAGACCAGAAGUCCGUCUUCCUCUUUUGGGCUGAAUGGCUGUCACCUGCAUCUCCCAAUUCUGAUGUCAUCCCGGGAGCUGAGCCACCCAGCCUUCACCACCUUUACCUCCUGCACCCAACGUUCCCCUCGAUCCUUCUGGAUCUGGCCAAUGCCACGGGCACAGUGACGGCAUCAAAGGUUGGAAUUAACGACCUCUGGAAAGAUGCCUUUUAUGUUACUAGGACAACGGGGCCAAGCUCCAAAGGCCAUCCCGCCCCCCUGGUGGUCAGCAAGCUUAGUCUACGGUGGGCACUGAUGGAGGGCCAAAUGGUCCAGCUGAAGGAGACUACCCCCAAAAUUGGCCGUGGGGAGCUGCGGAGGUUCCUCUCUAGGAUAAAGUUCGUCGAUUCUCCCUUGCAGAUCUAGUCUGAUGGGAUCUUUAGUUUCAGAAGUGAACAGAAUGGACACGUUCUUCGGUUGGUGUAAAAUCAGUUCUUUGGAGAGAAGGAAGACAUCUCCAACCUCAUUUCACCACCUCCGUGUGGUGGUUGCAAAGCACUUUGGAAGACACACUGCAGUUCUCUGAUAAUGGCACGAACCAUUUGCUUGGGGUAUUCUACCUAACUUUUCAAUCUCUGUAUUAACCCCCUCUAGGCACUCUGUGUGCAUAAUUUGGAAAUGUGAAUCUUAUACAAGUGUUUUAUUAAUAUUUUUUUGUAUGUCUAAUUUAUAAACUCUUACUGGGAAAUUCCAGUGAAGUUUUUCCCUGGAACAUUUUGUUUUGCAUUAUGCUGUAUGUAUUUGUUUUUAGCAUUGUGAUAAAAUAUUUUCUAGAUAGGUCCUAAGCUCGGGGACCCAGUUUCUUGUCCUUCUGAAAUACAUCUGGUUUGUUUGGUCAUCGUCUUAAGGCUUCCAGAUGGCCUGCCUCUGAUUUUGAGGGCCACUCAUUUCUCUCUUUUUCUCUCCUCACCUGUUCCUCAGCUUCUUCCCAACCUUAGCAGCAGUGAGAAAGGCUGAGAGCGGGAGACUGAGUUCGCCACCCCAGCAUUUUCGAUUCUUCCUUGUCUGACGUGUCCCGUCUCCUCUCAUACUUUCCGUCUCUCUAUAUUUAGUGACCAUAAGAACCAUAUUCCUAUCAGAAGGGGAGCAAGAGAAAUAGUUUCGAUGACCCACCUCUGACGAGGUCCGUAUGUUACUGUGUGGUGUUUUUUUGUUUUGCCAGUCAUCUUUUUUACUGCAGUAACUUCAGAAGUUUUUAUGUGUGUGCUAUCCUCAACUUUGAGGAAAACUGGAAGUCAGGAACCACUGAAGCAGAUAUCCUUAUCUUUGCUUCAUCUCUACCCUGUUGUCUUAGCAUCUUCUCCUGGGCAUGCACCUUACUGCUUCUCUUUUGCUCUCUUUUAUUCAGGGAUAUUUUUGCUUUGCUUGCAUGAGAGUAAAGCUGUUCCUGGACUUUUGCCCCAUGAGUCCAGUAUGCAACUGUUUUGUCCUAUACAUCUUCCUUGUAGAGCCUUUAAAGCAUUGUAUUUUGAGAAAAAUUCCUAUGUAAAUACUAUAACUUUUAUAAUUGGUUAAGUUCUUUAGAAUUUUUUCCAGGGAGUCUCCCUUCUAUAUAAAUAUAGUGCUUCUGUUAAGUUUUCUCCUAAACUUCGAGGUCAUUGUUUGUUUAGCAGUAAAUCCCACAUUAGCUGGUGGAGAACUAACUACUUUUCUUCUUGAGUAAUUUUGAUAGAUCAUCCCUGAGUGCAACUCAAGUUCUCUCUUGAGCUUGUAUAUUUUUAGCUUGUGUUAAUAAAGGGAUUCCAGAACAUUUAGAGAUUCCAGAAAAUUAGGGAUCCCAAAUUAAAGGGAUAUGUAUUAAUUGCCCCACCGGUAGGCGUUAUGACAUCACAAAAGGUUGGUGUCAGUAGCUUCACGCAGGCAUGUUGCCUGGCCUACAGAUUGGCCUUCCCAGGUGUCUGGGAAACCCCCGCCUUAAGCCUGUGAAAACAAAUCUGGUUUCAACACUUGGAGAGGCAUGUGUGGUCCAGCUUAUUGCAAACUUAGGGAAAUAAUUACUGAUACCGAGUGUGGGGAUAAUUCCAGAUUCCCUUCGAGGGUUUGAAUCUACUUGGGUCGAAGAGCCUAGAAUCUAGUUUGCUCUAGUAGAGAAUUCUAAGGACUACUUUAUAGGUGACUGAAUACCUGAAACUUGGGUGGUGGUCUUGCAGCCUGGGCUGAGCUAUUUGGCCUAAACCUGGUUCUGCACCAUGUUGAAGCUUUCUGGGAAGGCAGCCAGUUUAGGCAGGAGCAAGGUGCAAAGUGAGGAGUGAGGACCUGGUUUGGGGGCAAUGUUUUGGGCAGAAGACUGUACUUAGGCCAGGUGUUUUGGAAAUAUAUAAGAGGAAGCUAGGAAAACAUAAUGUCCCUAAAUUCUUCAUGGUGUGUUUGCAAACUAACUUAUCAUGGAUGGUUUUGACUGUGAUAUGUUUGAAUCUCUUUGCUAAACACAGGUUUUAGGUUUCUCCUCCCUCUUGCAGCCAGUACAGAGGGUGUCAAUGGUGGUUCAAGUUUGAGGAAGCUUCAUCUGACCAAUGUGGGUCCUGGUUUCUUGCCCAGUGUGUCCCCAAAUUUCCUUCCUCAUAGGUACCCACCCACGCAGAUAUCUGAGAUAGAAAGUGCUGCUUUCUUUCCCCAUUCCCAACGUGGGGUUGUCAGCAAAGCCAGUAUGACUAUUACCUAGAAAUAGUAAUGACUUCUGCAAAUGCAGGGGUCUUCCUCCUCGCCACCUCUCUUUCCUUCCCUUACAGAUCCUCCCCUGUGCCCUAGACCAUGCCCUCCCCAUUCCCCCAGAUGGCCUCUCCUCACCCUUCUAGUGUGGUAUGGUGAUACCAACCCCUUGAAUGUGAAUUGUUAUCCGCGAGAUAUGGGGGAUGGUGAAAGGAGGCAGAGCUGUGAAGGAACAGGGACAGUGGCACCCUGGCAGCUGGUAUAUAUAUAUUGUCAGGAAGCACGAUUCAAAAUGUGAAUUGUUACAGAACAAAUAAAUACUAUGUAAUAGGAA